CGAAACCGUUAGAGAUCGAUAAACAUUGCUCCGAAAUCCGAACGAGAAGAAGAUUGAAGAUUUGUUGUUGGGAUGUUGAAUACGCGGUUGGUGAUCUUGUCGGCUCUCGUUUCUACAUUGUUGGUGUUGUACGCCGGAGCCAAAACCGUUGAUCCUUACAAGGUUCUAGGGGUUGAUCGUAAUGCAAGUCAACGUGAUAUUCAGAAAGCUUUCCACAAGCUCUCUCUGAAAUAUCACCCGGAUAAGAACAAAAAUAAAGGUGCUCAACAGAAGUUUGCAGAGAUCAAUAAUGCUUAUGAUAUAUUGUCAGACGAAACGAAAAGGAAAAAUUAUGAUCUAUAUGGAGAUGAAAAGGGGCAUCCUGGGUUUGAUGCUGGCUCUCCCGGAGGUAACGGGGGUUAUACGUUUACACAAGGCGGGCAAGGACAGAGCGGGUUCAAUUUCAGACCAGGUGAUUGGCAGAAUAUGGGUGGAGGAGGCGGCUCAAAGUCUUUCUCUUUCUCCUUUGGUGGACCUAGUUCGAGUUCCUUUGAUUUUGGUCUAGACGACAUCUUUUCCAUGUUUUCUGGCGGCGGUCAAUUCGAAGGAGAGGAUCAGUUUGGCGGUUCCCGUGGUUCGUCAAGGGCUGAAUCCAGAUCCAGGAGCAGCUCCACGAAAAUCAGAACUAUAAAUUCACGGGUUUACAGAAAAGAAAUUCUGGACCAAGGGAUGACUUGGCUUGUGCUGUCACAUUUGCCUUCCCUGAGGGGAACCGAGUAUCAUGAAUCGAUUAUAGAAGAAGUUGCUGAUUCUUUGCAAGGAGCUAUAAAGGUUGGACGUGUAAAUUGUGAAACUGAAUCCUCUCUUUGCAAACAACUCGGCUUACAUCCUCGUAAAGCUCCUAGGUUGUUUGUUUAUUCAUGCGCAUCUAGUGGCAAAGGCGCCUUCUUAGAGUACACAGGAGAGAUGAUUACAAAGAAAGUGAAAACCUUUUGCCAAGAACAUCUGCCAAGAUUCUCAAAAAGGGUCAACCUUAAUGCCUUUGACUUUUCUGCGGUUAGCUCUGGAAGAACCCCUAAAGUCAUGCUUUUAUCAACGAAGAAAGAUACGCCUGUCAUCUGGCGUGUGCUUAGUGGCUUGUACAGUGGGCGCUUCAAUUUUUAUGAUUCAGAGGUUAUUGAUGCUUCUGAUCCUGAGGUGAAGAAGUUGGGUGUGGAUGCACUCCCAGCUAUAGUCGGCUGGUUAUCGGACGGGGAGAAGCAAGUCUUGAAAACAGGUAUCACUGUGAAAGAUUUAGGAUCGGCUAUCCAGGAUCUUGGUAAAUUACUGGAAGGAUUCGAGAAGAAGAACAAGAAGGCCUCUUCAAGCCAAUCACAGGGAGAUUCUAUGGAGAGGGUACCUCUCCUUUCGAGCUCGAACUUUGAAUCUGUGUGUGGGGAGAGCACUCCUGUUUGCAUCAUUGGCGCCUUCAGAUCUUCAAAGGGCAAAGAGAAGUUGCAGUCAGUAUUGUCCAAGGUUUCACAGAAAACACUGUCUCGAGGACAAAGCGAUCAGGACAAGGUAUCAUACUCGGUACUGGACGCAACAAAGCAAUCAUCGUUUAUGAACGCAUUCGACAGAUCAGAGUUCAAAUCGUCGGAGAUGCUACUGAUAGCUUACAAGCCACGAAGGGGUAAGUUCGCAACGUACAGAGGGGACAUUACAAUGGAGGAAGUCGAGAAAUUCAUUGGGGCCGUCCUUAAUGGGGACUUGCAGUUCACAAAGACGAGACAGAAGCCUCGGAUCAAAUGAAGCUUUUUCACCCCUUAGUGUUAGAUGUACAUUAUUAUACAUAAGAAAAAUGUAGUUUUUUUUACUCGGCUAAAGCCUAAAGGCAAAAGCAUCUCUAAUGGCUCGUUGCUUGUGUUGCAAGGUACUAGUUUCAUGAGCUUUAUGCGGCGAUAGAACAAAUCCACCUUGUAUGUUCUGAAAAGGGUUAUACGAGAAAUAUGAACUUGGAGUUCAUGUACACACAUACAUAUGUACAAUUUCUGUAUGGCGCUCUCAUUAUUCUUA